GUGGUGAGCUGUCCCCCCAAAAAGUGAAGUUUUGACGGCAACUGAAGAGCGCUUUCCGUUUGCGCACACAAACAACGAGUCAUUUCCACAUUGUAGCCUCAGUUCCAAGGGGGCAAAGUCAGUGACUGACCAUGGAAGUGGUCAACGUCUUGUUACUCGUGUUGUCUUUGACCGUGUCAGAAAGAUUUCUUGUCGCCGCGUUUUCUCAGUCUCUAGACAGCGACUUCACGUUUACUUUACCCGCUGGCCGAAGGGAGUGCUUCUUCCAGACUAUGAAAAAAGACGCAUCUCUUGAAAUAGAAUACCAGGUGUUGGAUGGAGCUGGCCUGGAUGUAGAUUUCCAGAUCUUCUCUCCCUCCAGCCACAUACUCUUCAGUGACUACCGCAAAUCUGACGGAGUACACACGGUUGAGACGGAGGACGGGGACUACAUGUUCUGCUUCGACAACUCGUUCAGCUCCGUGUCUGAGAAGAUCAUCUUCUUCGAGCUGAUCCUGGACAACAUGGAGAACGAGGGGGAGGAGGCGGACGAGUGGAAGGAGUACGUCCACGGGACGGACAUGCUGGACAUGAAGCUGGAGGACAUCAUGGACACCAUCAACAGUGUGAAGGCUCGUCUGGGGAAGAGCCUUCAGAUCCAGACGGUGCUCCGGGCCUUCGAGGCCCGCGACCGCAACCUGCAGGAGAGCAACUACAACCGGGUCAACAUGUGGUCGUGCACCAGCCUGGCGGUCAUAGUGCUGGUGUCGGGCGUGCAGGUGUACCUCCUCCGCUCGCUGUUCGAAGACAAAAGAGUGACCCCCACGUAACCCCACCCCCUGGGAGGUGACUGGGGGAGAGGGCCAACCAAUCAUCUUUGAGGAACUGGUGCGGAGGCGGGGGUCAUGGCUGACGCAACGUCACAAACCACACAAAUUGUCGUCGCUAACACGCUCUCAGACGCAGCGUGGAGAAGAUCCCUCUGUAGCUGUCAUCACACAGAAACAUCUGUUAUUAUCUCUAUAUCUCUCUCUGUCUCUCUCUCUCUUUCUCUCUGUCUCUCUAUGUCUCUCUCUGUCUCUCUCUCUCUGUCUCUCUAUGUCUCUCUUUCCUGUAGUUCACCUUGUCAGUCAGUAGGACCUCUGUCUCUCCUGAUCUGCUAACAUCCAUCUGUAGCAGCAAGGCUGGCAGCCCCUCCUCUCUCCCUCCUCUCUCCUUGCUGGUCUCACUGCUGCCCCGCCCUCAGAUCUGCUGUCAACACCAGAGAGAGAGACACCGAAGCCUACAGUGAUUUCCUUUUUUAAACCGAGCCUGAAAGAACAACUUGUCCAAUCUGUCCCUUUGGCAGUUUGUUUUUGUGCAAAGUUAGCAAUAACUUAAAAGUAGUCGACGAAUGAAGAAAGCGUGUUUUGAAGUUGAGUGUUCCUGGCACUGAGGGGAGAGACCACUGUGUUGUCUCUGUCCACGCAUCUCCUCUCCCCGUGGGUCAGAUGCGGGUUGUGUUGCCGGGCCGUUCGGAGCGGAGCGCAUGUUACUGACAGGCCUCACUGACGUUUCUAUGGAACCCUUUUCCAAGAACUGUGUGGCCUUUCAAAUCUGAGAUUCUGGACAGGGGUGCUACACACACACACACACACACACACACCAUGACACAAUCCAUCUCUCUCUUUCCCUCUUUCUGCCACACACAGACACACACACCUCUUCUCAGAAGCCCCUUGCUGUCACCAGGUGUGUUCUCCUGGUGGUGGCAUAUUUCCUGUGCUGCUCUCUGCAGCCGAGCCCAGCAGGUUAGGGUAGAGGUUCCAUCUCUCAUCCUCUAAAUCACUACCAACCUACUCCUUACUAACUGACAGGCAGGGCCCACACCCGCCCACACCCCCACCCAACCCGCGCAGCACUCCUGCCCCGCACCAUGCUGGGCUGAAAGGAGGCUCAGGUUUCCUGCACCCUGUCAGCCAGCAGAGAGAUGGUGCCUGCCUGUCUGUUUGUCUGCCUGUUUGCCUGUCUGCCUGUUUGCCUGGCUGCCUGCCUGUGGUGACAGAUUCCUAUUUCAGUCUUCUCUUCUAUCCUGCGUCACCGCUACAAUCUCCAGAGAGACGUGUUUACAGGAGACCGGCUCAGCCCACUUGGUUUCGAGUGUUUGUGUUUUUGACGCGCGCCUUUUUGAAGAUUGACGGGUAUGUGUUUCUUGUUUGGCUCUUCGGGGUCUUUUUGUAUUAAACAGGAAGUUAGUCUCUAAGUUUUGUGCUUUCCCAGCACAAACUGCAGUGUUUCUAUGUACUUACUAAGGCACUGUGCUGGUGAGUGAGGGCUGAAGGUUGAUUUCUUCUUCACCUUAGACUCCUGGUAUACUGAUGGGGUGAGUGGUAUCAAAUGACUAAAUGUAAAAAAUGACUAAAUGUAAAUAUCGCCACCUGCUGUUGGAAAACUGAAGGGUUUGAGCCUGCAAAACAAAACAUGACCUGUUUCAAUGCGUUGGCCUAGUUUCAGUGAACCCAUUGUCUGCUUUCAAAGAUGUGUAUAAAUAUUGAUAGUGCGACAUAAAUCAUCAGGUCUCUGUUUUAGCAGUAUACUACUCGUUACCCAGACUGUUACUUUUUGCGGUUAAGAUUUUAAAAUGUGUUUUUUUCCCUUUCCAAGCAGAACAUGUAAUGAUAUGAUCUGUCUGCUGAGGUUGAGGCGGGCUCUACAUUUUUGUGCUACUAACUGAUAGGUUACUGUGCAGGGAUAUGUGUUCUGAUUGGUCAAAUUUGAGCUUUUCUCAACUUUUACAUCCGUAUUAUGGAGCGGUGAAACCCAGGCCCCAUUCCAGCUGGUCCACUCACUGUGUGGAAAACGUACUCUAAAGAACCAUCUUUGACUGCACAAUAGGUCAACAGACUUAAUAGAACCAAUAUCGCCUGGUUCACAUUAUUGUGUAUUUUUAUGGGCUGUGUGUGGUACAAUUAAACUGCAGCCAAGUCACUUUCGAUAGAGCGCCUCAACUAACGUCAUGGAACAAAAAUUGGAUAUUUGGGGAUAUUUAUCAGAAAUAUUCUGUAGCUAUAAACGUGUAAAUAAAAUUGUCAAAUGUU